AUGCAAAACAGCGGACAUCCCACCAAGCUGAAUAGUUGCGUGAGGGAAGAGGAACGAGAAAACGUCUGGUGUCGACUAAAGGAGCUUUAUCUGGAACUGUUUUUGUCAGCUCAAGAAGUUUGGCAAGACAAAAACACACCAGGGCGUUUAGCAGUUUAUGCGUCACUGUCAAAGCUGGUGAAAUUCUAUUUGGAUGUUGCCGAUGAAGAAACGAUGAAAAUUUGCCAGGAUGCAGCCAGUGAAGCGAAAUUUCUCGGCAAAGGAGCUUUAGAUGAAGAGCAGCACAGAGACACAAGCGCACGAAUAAAUGAAAUCAGGAAGAACAUCGGAGAUGCAGAACGUGGUAAAAAGGAUCUCGCGGACAGCAGCUAG